AUGGACGACCCCUCAGGCUGGUCGCUCACCGAGUCGGACCCCCAGGUCUUCAGCGAGCUCCUGCGCAACCUCGGCGUCACGGGUCUGCAAGUGGACGACCUGUACUCGCUGGACGAAAGCACACUGUCCACCCUCAAACCUAUCCACGCGCUCAUCUUCCUCUUCAAGUAUGUCGGUGGUGACGUCGAGGCGCAGGGUGUUGAGGUGGACCCCCUCGAGGCCGGGGUGUGGUUUGCCAACCAGGUCAUCCACAACUCGUGCGGUACGCUCGCUGCCCUCAAUGCAGUCAUGAACAUUCCCGGCGCGACCUCGUCGUACGCUGGCGAAAGCAUCGGACUUGGCCCCGAGCUCGAGAACUUGCGCGACUUUGGCGCCGGCAUGGGCAGCAUGGAUCUCGGCCACGUCGUUGCGUCGUCGGACACCAUCCGCGAGGUGCACAACUCGUUCUCCAAGACGUCGCCGUUCUCCAUGGACCAGUCUCUGUUCUCGGACAAGGAAAAGGAGGACGCGUACCACUUUGUCGCGUACCUCCCCGUCAACGGCGUGCUGUACGAGCUGGACGGUCUGCGUUCCUCCCCGCUCAUGCACGCCGCCGUCGAGGACGACUGGCUCGAGCAGGCCCGCGAGACCAUCCAGGCCCGUAUCGAGACAUACCCUCCCGGCAGCGUCAUGUUCAACCUCCUCGCGGUGCGCUCGGCUGCGAUCCCGCGCCUGGAGCGCCUGAUCGCCGACCCAGCGACGCCGGCCACGGAACGCCUCCAGAUGCAGGACCAGCUCGAGCACGAGCGCGCAAAGGCCGAGCGCGGCAAGUUUGAGAACGCGCUCAGGCGGCACAACAUGCUGCCCCUUGUGCUGGGCCUGUUUGAGGCCCUCAAUGGCAGCAAGGUUAAGACGGCCGCCAUUGACCAAGCUCGUGCAAAGGGUAAAGAGAAGCGCGAACGCGAAAAGGCCAACAAGGGCGCCGAGUAG